GCCUUCCCGGGAGGGCUCCCGAGUCCUGGGAGACAGGUCGCCGCCGUCGGGACCCCGGGAGAAGAGAGGGCUUGGGGUGGGAGCAGCGCGGGACGCAGUCUCCCUUUUCCGUCCUCCAUUUACAGUUGGGGAAACUGAGGCACGGGCCACUGGUUGGCUCCCGACUGCCCCAGUUGGCAUCGAGAGCCCCGGGUUGUCAUACCUCACGUCUGUGCCGUGGGGUGUAUGGAUCGUUCGGUUUGGGGGUGUUCGUGGCUCUCUUCCAGGAACAGCAGUCGGGGUUCUGGCCUGGUUAAUGGCGUGUUCUGCUUUUUCUUUCAGUUUCUCUCUUUCCAGGGUGAAGAUGCUUUUACACAACAAUGGAGUUCUUCAGUUGAAAGGUGCGCCCUGUUGAGACAGAACCUGGAAGAAGCUUUUAAUCACUUAGGGCAUUUUGAUUUGCUGUCUUUUUACAGCAUGGACACCAAAUUGCUAAAAACAUGCUUUGGGGAACUGCCAGUGAAUUUAUCUUUUGCGGUUUUACGACAAACUUAUCAGUAGUUCCCUUUUUUUGAAUUAAUAUUUUGAAGUUAAUAUCACAAUGAGUUCAGGCUUAUGGAGCCAAGAAAAAGUUUCUUCGCCCUACUGGGAAGAGCGGAUUUUUUAUUUGCUUCUUCAAGAAUGCAGCGUUACAGACAAACAAACGCAAAAGCUCCUUAAAGUACCAAAGGGGAGUAUAGGACAGUAUAUCCAAGAUCGUUCUGUGGGGCAUUCAAGGAUUCCUUCUACAAAAGGCAAGAAAAAUCAGAUUGGAUUAAAAAUUCUAGAGCAACCUCAUGCAGUUCUCUUUGUUGAUGAAAAGGAUGUUGUAGAAAUAAAUGAAAAAUUCACAGAGUUGCUUUUGGCAAUUACCAAUUGUGAGGAGAGGUUCAGUCUGUUUAAAAACAGAAACAGACUAAGUAAAGGCCUCCAAAUAGACGUGGGCUGCCCUGUGAAAGUACAGCUGAGAUCUGGGGAAGAAAAAUUUCCCGGAGUUGUGCGCUUCAGAGGACCCUUAUUAGCAGAGAGGACGGUGUCGGGAAUAUUCUUUGGAGUAGAAUUGCUGGAAGAAGGUCGUGGCCAAGGUUUCACUGAUGGGGUAUAUCAAGGGAAACAGCUUUUUCAGUGUGAUGAAGAUUGUGGAGUGUUUGUUGCAUUGGACAAGCUAGAAAUCAUAGAAGAUGAUGACCCUGGAUUGGAAAGUGAUUACGCAGGCCCAGUGGACACAAUGCAGGUUGAACUUCCCCCUUUGGAAAUAAACUCCAGAGUUUCUUUGAAGGUUGGAGAAACAAUAGAAUCUGGAACAGUUAUAUUCUGUGAUGUUUUGCCAGGAAAAGAAAGCUUAGGAUAUUUUGUUGGUGUGGACAUGGAUAACCCUAUUGGCAACUGGGAUGGAAGAUUUGAUGGAGUACAGCUUUGUAGUUUUGCAAGUGUUGAAAAUACAAUUCUAUUGCACAUCAAUGAUAUUAUCCCAGAUAGCGUGACACAGGAAAGGAGGCCUCCCAAACUUGCUUUUAUGUCAAGAGGUGUUGGGGACAAAGGUUCAUCCAGUCAUAAUAAACCAAAGGCUACAGGAUCUACCUCAGACCCUGGAAAUAGAAACAGAUCUGAAUUAUUUUAUACCUUAAAUGGGUCUUCUGUUGACUCACAACAACAAUCCAAAUCAAAAAAUACAUGGUACAUUGAUGAAGUUGCAGAAGACCCUGCAAAGUCACUUACAGAGAUAUCUUCAGACUUUGGCCAUUCUUCGCCACCACUGCAGCCUCCUUCUGUGAACUCAUUGUCCAGUGAGAACAGAUUUCACUCUUUACCGUUCAGUCUGACAAAGAUGCCCAAUACCAAUGGCAGCAUUGGCCACAGCCCACUUUCUCUGUCAGCUCAGUCUGUGAUGGGGGAGCUGAACAAUGCGCCUGUUCAGGAGAGUCCACCCUUGGCCAUGUCUUCCGGUAACUCACAUGGCCUAGAAGUGGGCUCACUGGCCGAAGUUAAAGAUAAUCCUCCUUUUUAUGGGGUGAUCCGUUGGAUUGGUCAGCCGCCAGGACUCAAUGAAGUACUAGCUGGACUGGAAUUGGAAGAUGAAUGUGCCGGCUGUACAGACGGAACCUUCAAGGGCACUCGGUAUUUCACCUGUGCCCUGAAGAAGGCACUGUUCGUUAAACUGAAGAGCUGCAGGCCUGACUCUAGGUUUGCGUCACUGCAGCCUGUUUCAAAUCAGAUCGAACGCUGUAACUCUUUAGCAUUUGGAGGCUACUUAAGUGAAGUAGUAGAAGAAAAUACUCCACCAAAAAUGGAAAAAGAAGGUUUGGAGAUAAUGAUUGGAAAGAAGAAAGGCAUCCAGGGUCAUUAUAAUUCUUGUUACUUAGACUCAACCUUAUUCUGUUUAUUUGCUUUUAGUUCUGUUCUGGACACUGUGUUACUUAGACCCAAAGAAAAGAAUGAUGUAGAAUAUUACAGUGAAACUCAAGAGCUACUGAGGACAGAAAUUGUUAAUCCUCUGAGAAUAUAUGGAUAUGUGUGUGCCACAAAAAUUAUGAAACUGAGGAAAAUACUUGAAAAAGUAGAGGCUGCAUCAGGAUUUACCUCUGAAGAAAAAGAUCCUGAAGAAUUCUUGAAUAUCUUAUUUCAUCAUAUUUUAAGGGUAGAACCAUUGCUAAAAAUAAGAUCAGCAGGUCAAAAAGUACAAGAUUGUUACUUCUAUCAAAUUUUUAUGGAAAAAAAUGAGAAAGUUGGAGUUCCUACCAUUCAGCAGUUGUUAGAAUGGUCUUUUAUCAAUAGUAACCUGAAAUUUGCAGAGGCACCAUCAUGUCUGAUUAUUCAGAUGCCUCGAUUUGGAAAAGACUUUAAACUGUUUAAAAAAAUUUUUCCUUCUCUGGAAUUAAAUAUAACAGAUUUACUUGAAGACACUCCCAGGCAGUGCCGGAUAUGUGGGGGGCUCGCAAUGUAUGAGUGCAGAGAGUGCUACGAUGAUCCGGACAUCUCAGCUGGGAAGAUCAAGCAGUUCUGCAAAACCUGCAACACUCAAGUCCACCUUCAUCCUAAGAGGUUGAAUCAUAAAUACAACCCAGUGUCACUUCCCAAAGAUUUACCUGACUGGGACUGGAGACACGGCUGCAUCCCUUGCCAGAAGAUGGAGUUAUUUGCUGUUCUCUGCAUAGAAACAAGCCACUAUGUUGCUUUUGUGAAGUAUGGGAAGGACGACUCUGCCUGGCUCUUCUUUGAUAGCAUGGCGGAUCGGGAUGGUGGUCAGAAUGGUUUCAACAUUCCUCAAGUCACCCCAUGCCCAGAGGUUGGAGAAUACUUGAAGAUGUCCCUGGAAGAUCUGCAUUCCUUGGACUCCAGAAGAAUCCAGGGCUGCGCACGAAGACUCCUCUGUGAUGCAUACAUGUGCAUGUACCAGAGCCCGACGAUGAGUUUGUACAAGUAGCUGGGGUCAUCGAGAGAGGUGAAGAAAUGGAAGGCAAAGCUUUCAUGUUGCAUUUCAUUCAAGCUGGCAGUUCUGUUCAGCGUCCAUUGCCGGCAAUGGAUGUCUUUGUGGUGAUGAUCCUUCAGAAAAGGAUUCCUGUGUUUAAAAAAAAAUUGCUUUUGUGUUACUGAAGUAUUUAAUAAGAAGCAUUUUGCACUCUAGAAAGUAUGUUUGUGUUGGUUUUUUAAGAAGUGUAAAUGAAGUUAUUAAUAUCUGAAGCUUUAAGUUAAGUGCAUUAAUCAUAUGAUAUUUUUUAAGCAUACAAUUUUAAUUGUGCAAGUUUAAAACCUCUUUUAGUCCAUUGAGAAUGUAAAUAAAUGUGUCUUCUUUAUGGACCAAGGAUAUGAAAUCAUUUUUACUUUGUAGCUAACGGUUGCCUUGAGGAAGAAAUAAUUGGUUUUACUGAGUCUUCUUUCAAUUCAGUUAUUAAAGGUGUACUGAGUUUGAUUUGUUAAUUCUUUCCUAUAUAGUGCUGAUCCUGCAUGUCUGCAAUCUGCCGAGUUUCUGUGUUUCUGCAGUAGUGGUCAGAAAAAUACUUACAUUCCCUUAACAGUGUUAUUUUCUAUUUGUUCUGGUUUUGAGAUAAAUGAAUGAUUCUGUCAUAAAAUGUCCAUUUUUGAUGUAAUUUUCCUGGAGGAUUAGGGUAUUGAGCAAUUGAAGCUCUUCAUUCAUGGUAGUAACUGUCAGCUAACAGGCUUUUUAUUUUGAAGGCUCUAUUUUAUGAAAUAGGGCACAGUAAAUUUAUGAAAUAAUUGGAGUGAUAAGUAAAUAAUAUCCCUCUAUACAAAUAUACAGUUCAUAAGAAAAUAAAUUUGGCAUGUAGAAUUACUCAGUAAAUUUUCCCCAAAGAGAUAUAUAUUUAAACCUCUAUUAUUUUCAGUAAGUUUGUCCAGAACUUAAGUUUGAUCUGUCAGCCAGUAUUCUCACUAAAUUCAGUUGGGUUUCCCUUAAGUUAUGAAUCAGAUAUUUUAUUGAAAUGUUAGCAACAGCUUCAUCCUCCUUCUGAUUAAGUAAGUAGAAAAUGGAUGUUUUCUUAAGUACUAUCCAUCGUGUAUGUGUAGACCACAGUGGUGGUUGUGGACUAGAACCAUAAAUUAUAAAUGUCAGUGCUGUGGAAUGUA